AUGCCGGGACCCUCGCCCGGCGGCUCCCCGGAGGAGGCGGGGCCGGCGGGCGGCCCGGGGCCCGGUGGGCAGGGGGUGCGGUUCCGCCUGCCCCACACCGCCAUCGCCGUGCCGUCGGUGCGCGAGGAGGAGCGGCUCUUCUACCGGCGGCUGGAGGCGGCUGGCGGCCCCGGGCCCCGGCGGCUUCGGGCCGCUCUUCGGGCCGACGGCUGGAGCGACCUGACGGAGGACCGGCUGCCGAAGCGCGUGGUGCGGGACGGGCAGGGCGGGCCGCGACCGCGGCCGGGCCAGGAGGUGUCCGUGAAGGUGCUGGGCGCCCUGGAGGACGGCGGGCUGGUGGAGCGGGACCCGCGGCUCACCUUCGUGCCGGGACACGGCGACGUCGUGCAGGCCCUGGAGCUGGGCGUCCCCACCAUGCAGCCCGGGGAGGUCUCCUUCUUCCUCGCCGCUUUCCCUACGGCUACGGCCGCCCGGGCAGGUAGGGCGGACAGGGGCAGGGGGGGGCCGGGGCCGGGCAGGGCUGGGCAGCCGGCGCGCUGUGCCCGCAGGGAGCCCGACGUGCCGCCCGAGGCACCGCUGCUGUUCGAAGUGACGCUGCUGGAGGUGCGAGACGGCCCCGACCGCAGCCGUGCCGCCCGCCACCCGCUGCGCCUGGGCUCGCCAGCGAGGGAGCGGGGCAACUUCCACUUCGCGCGGGGCGACUUCGCGGCGGCGCUGCGCUCCUACCGCCUGGCCCUGCGCGCCCUCGACGGCCCCGCCGCCGCCCCGCCCGGGCCGCAGGAAGAAGAGGAGCUGCGGGAGCAACGCGUCAAGUGCCUCAACAACUGCGCGGCCGCCGAGCUGAAGCUGGAGCGGGCGGGCGAGGCGCUGGCGGCCUGCGAGGCGGCACUGCGCAUCAGCCCGGACAACGGCCGGGCGCUGCUCCGGCGGGGGCAGCUGCUGGCGCAGCAGGGCCGGGACGCGGAGGCCGCGCUCGACCUGAGGAGAGCCCUGGAGCUGGACCCGGCCAGCAAGGUAAUCCACGCCGAGCUCUCGCGGCUGGUGAAGCGCCGGAGUCCCCCGGCCCGCGCCGACCCCCAGGAGCCCCGCCAGGACCGACGC